UAAAUAGUAAUGCCCUAGAUUCAAGCCAUACACCUCUGAUUUUCCCCAUUAUACCAUUGUAUAUGCAUAUAUCUCACUCUCUCUCCUGUCGGUGUUCAGAUCUUCGGCUUCUACUGCCCUCUAAUGCCAGUUAGGGUUUCUUCAGAUCUAUCCAUGAAAUUGUGAGUAUUGUGGGUUUGAAUUAGGGUUUUGGGCUUGGCAUUUAGCAAGCAGCUAUGCAAGAGCUUGGUGAAUACGGAGUUUUGAUCUAUCCAUGAUUGUGGAUGUGGAUUUGGAUUUGUACGCCGUCGUUUCCAAGUUCAGAGAGUGGUGUGUGGAGGAGUGCAUGAGGGAUCUUGGUAGGUUUCUAUGCCUUGUGAAGAAUUCAAAGAGAUCAAGGUGGGAUUGUGCGUUUGUGAUCCGAAGUCGAGGACGGUGGGGCAAAUGUGGCUAAUACUCUCCUGAAUUCACUCUCCUUUGAUCACAUCUGAUAUAGAAUUAACAGAACGCACUUUUUGACUAUUGUCUUCUGAAUUUUUUGGAUAAACAAUAACAAUGCAGCAAGAUCACAGAAAGAAGAAUUCUGCAGAGAUGGACUUCUUCUCUGAAUACGGUGAUGCCAAUAGAUACAAAAUUCAGGAGGUUAUUGGGAAAGGCAGCUAUGGUGUUGUUUGCUCUGCCAUCGACACCCAUACUGGUGAAAAAGUGGCAAUAAAGAAAAUACAUGAUAUUUUUGAACACAUCUCAGACGCAGCUCGUAUUCUUCGUGAGGUAAAGCUGCUCCGGCUUCUACGACAUCCAGACAUCGUUGAAAUUAAACACAUUAUGCUACCACCUUCGAGAAGAGACUUUAAGGAUAUUUAUGUUGUUUUUGAGCUCAUGGAGUCAGAUCUUCACCAAGUCAUUAAAGCUAACGAUGACUUGACGCGGGAACACUAUCAGUUUUUCCUUUACCAGUUAUUACGUGCUUUGAAGUAUAUUCACACCGCAAACGUCUAUCAUCGAGAUUUAAAACCAAAGAAUAUACUUGCAAAUGCUAACUGCAAACUCAAAAUUUGCGAUUUUGGGUUGGCAAGAGUUGCAUUCAGUGAUACACCUACGACAAUAAUUUGGACGGAUUAUGUUGCUACAAGGUGGUAUAGAGCUCCAGAGCUUUGCGGGUCAUUCUUCUCAAAGUAUACCCCUGCGAUCGAUAUAUGGAGUAUAGGCUGCAUCUUCGCAGAGGUUCUAACAGGGAAGCCAUUGUUUCCUGGAAAAAAUGUAGUUCACCAGCUGGAUUUGAUGACUGAUCUUCUUGGGACACCUUCAAUGGAUACCAUUUCUCGGGUUCGAAAUGAAAAGGCUAGGAGAUACCUAACUAGCAUGAGGAAGAAGCAGCCUGUACCUUUUUCUCAGAAGUUUCCAAAUGCAGAUCCUUUAGCACUUCGAUUGUUAGAAAGGCUUCUUGCUUUUGAUCCGAAAGACCGGCCAACUGCUGAAGAGGCAUUGGCCGAUCCAUACUUCAAGGGACUGGCCAAAGUCGAGAGGGAACCGUCUUGCCAGCCAAUUACAAAAAUGGAGUUUGAAUUUGAGAGGCGAAGGGUAACAAAGGAGGACAUACGGGAAUUAAUUUUCCGUGAGAUACUAGAAUACCAUCCUCAGCUACUCAAAGAUUACAUGAAUGGCGUGGAAAGGACCAAUUUUCUCUAUCCGAGUGCUGUUGAUCAGUUCAGAAAGCAGUUUGCUCAUCUUGAAGAAAAUGGUGGUAAAAAUGGGCCGGUUAUUCCGCUUGAGAGAAAGCAUGUGUCUCUCCCUCGGUCUACCAUUGUGCCGUCAAAUACAGUUCCUCCUAAAGAGCCACCAAAUGUUCCUACCUUUAAAGAUCGGCAAUGUGUAGUGGAGUCCUGCAGUCGGAACUCCAGAGAUACAGAUGGAAUUCCUGGGAAUCUAUCAAGAACCUCGCUGGCACCACAAAGGAUGCCACCAGCAAAACCAGGUAAAGUUGUAGGGCCUGUUAUACCAAAUGAGAAUGGGAAUGUCAUAAAAGAAACUUUUGAUCCUAGAACAGUAGCCAGAAGCUCUGUCCUCCCUCCCCAGGCUAUCCAUGCUGUGUAUUGUUACGGCAGGAGUGGCAAGGGAAAGCAGGAAAGAUCUGCAACAGCGACGGAGAGGGACUUGGCUUUGCAAGCUAAACAAGUUCCUCGAUGUGGGACGUCCACUAUGUUAGCUUCAGAUAUAGCCAUCAAUAUAGACACAAACCCAUUCUAUAUGACGCGAUCAGGAGCAACCAAGCUGGACCAUGCUGAUGAAAGAACUGCUAUCGACAUGAACUUGUUGCAGGCAAAUGCUCAUUAUGGUGGGAUUGGUGCCACUGCUGCCACGACAUCUGCCGCUGCUCACAGGAAAUUAGGGACCGUGCAAUUUGGUUUGUCAAGACUGUAUUAGAUAUUGAGGCGUAGGAAUGGAGCAAUUCAUGUAGAGAGGAGGAAGGCUCUUUUGGGGGGGAGAAAUGGGUGGGCUGUGUACAGAGUGAGAAUUUGGAUGCUUUCCUCAUAGGAGCCAGCUUUCUCGGGUUGUUUAAUGGACUGGUUAAUGUUUGACCAGGAGAAACUACGUGUUAGUGAGGUACAUCUUCAAUUUCGUGAACUGUCUUGUGCCUUCCUCUUAUUACCUGAACAAAGUCGGCAUUCAAUAUUUGAUUGUCCCAAAUUAACACCUGAACAAAAUUUGUACAGGCAUUCGUGGGAUAAAUUUCUCUCUGAAAGUGAUUUUCUUUUUUUUUUUCCCUUUAUUAUAUAGUUGGUCCGUUACUUUUGUACAAUACAUAUAUAUACACAUAUAUAUGUAUAAUAUGUGUGUACGUACAUUCAAAGGGGCAUAUCAAGUUGAUGAAUUUGCCAGGACGCAGUUGUUUUGGUGAUUAUAUGACCGAUAUUUGACCAA